AUGCUCUGGUACUGGAAUGUAUACGGUGGUGGCCCGUCGAACGAGACCCCACCCAACUUCAAUGACUUCCGCUCAUUCGGUGGAUGGAUGGCUCCCUCAGUGAAACAAUUCGCUCAAGUCGAAUCCGUCUGUGGAGUAACUGUGAACAGAGAUGUGUACAGUGCAUCGAAUGCAAUGACUGCUAUGGCUUCCGCGACCGAGACAGGAAAGCCCGAACAAAUCACCGUCGGUGGUCUGGGACUUGCAAGUGCGGCGGCUUUCACUGGAAAACCAGAAAUCAAAGCAUGA